AUGAUAGUCGCUCACGCUCCAAAAACUUAUUUUGGUUCAGAUAAACAAAAAACAUUGGGUUCUCUUCCUGGAUUUCCAUGGGCGAAAUAUCCCGGAGAAAAACAUAAUUACACCGGUCCAGUCGGAGAUCGAGUUCGUAUUUUCAAAUGUAAAAGCAAAUUCGAAAAAGGUUACGUUGGAUACUGGACAGACGAAAUAUUCAUCGUUGAUAAAGUAAACACCACAGCACCUCCGACAUAUGAAUUAAUCGAUCAAGACAAAGAACAAAUUAUAGAAACUAAAAAACCUAACACUACAGCGUGGAUAAAUAAAGCGAAACCUUACUUUGUGGAUCAAAUCGGAGACACUCUUCAAGUGGAUUUAGAUAUGAACAAUUUCAAAGUAACUUAUUUAAAAUCUCCGGAAAACGAUAAUGACGCUGUUCACAAGAAAUAUCUACGGGAACAAAUAAAUUCAAUUGAAGUAAAUAAAAACCAUUUAGAAGAUAAAAUAAGUAAUGUGAAAAGAUUCUUCAAACGUCAACUAAAUAAUAAAAAUGUUGUUAAUGAAACUAAACUACAACAAGAGGAUAAGAUUGCAAAACAAAAAUUAGACAUUCAACAAUUAAUAGAUAAAAUUCCAGAUGAAAAUGAAGAUACGUUUCAACAGGAAUUAAAUGCUCUGGAAACUAAACUUAACAGUGAAUUACAAAAAGAACUAAGAAAUAUUCAACAACAAAUACAAAACAGAGAUGAUAGCAAAAUCAAAACCUAUAUUCAACAACAAAUACAAAAUAUUGAUGAUAAUGAAAUUAAAACCUAUAUUCAACAACAAAUACAGAACAUUGAUGAUAGUGUUAUUCAACAACAGUUAACCACUAUUAAUAACCUAGUUUUGAAACAAGACAAAAAUAUAGUCGCAUUAGAAAAACAAUUCAAGCAAGAAUAUAAAGCAUAUUAUUUUACUCUUCCAUUUGGAAGUUUGAGUGAUAAAGAUGCUUCUGUUACUGACAAUAUUGAUAGGUCAAAAGACUAUGAAUAUAAAAAAUAUGGAUUCACAGCAAAUAUUAGAGUAUAUUCUCCAAAAUUAACCUCCCCCUUUAAAAUAUUUAAUUCUCAAUUUCUUUUUUUUGAAAAAAUUUUAAUUGAAAUUAUUUUUCCUAUACAGUUUUUACGAGCAACAGACUUCGAAUACGUUAAACUAUAUUUUGUUACUAAAAGUUUUUCACACGAAGAUAGCUCUUCAACUGAUUUAUUUACCUCAAUUGAUAUUCAUAAAAGUCAACAAGGAAAACAAUUUAUAAUAUUUUCAUCAAUAAUUGAACGUAAUGAUGGAAUAGAAGUUGGAGAAAUAGCAGAUAAUUACGAUGAAAACGUAUGGAGAAUUUGUAGAGAUGAUAAUGCGAUAAAGCAAGUUUCACCUCUAGAACUAAACGUUUUUCCAACCAUUCACGAUGAUUGUUUAUACGCAUGGGAUUGCGAAACCUAUAGCGAAAAAAAAGCCAUUCCUUAUUCUUGCACGUUAAUCAAUUUAGAAAAACUAAGAAAAAUGUUAGACAGAAUAAAACAUAACUUUCCAGAUUUAAAUCCUACAGAUAAUGUUCCAGAAGAAUUUUAUGAUAAACUAAUGAAUAUAGUAGAAAUAUUUGUGGGUAAAGAUUGCAUCGAUCAAAUGUUACAACGUUUAGGAAAAAUAGAAAAAAAAGAAUAA